GGACAGAGCGGGCAGGGGUCCGGGUCAUGACCCUGAGAGCCACGAUUGGACCACACUUUUGCCUUUGUGUGUCCAACCAUGUGGCCAAAAGUACUGAUGGGACAUGAAGAACUGAAAUGACUCCUGAGCACAUUUUUGAAAAACUGAAGAUAAAGUCUCCGAAAUAAGAGCGCCUGCUUCCAACUCCAGUUACUUUUCUUUUUAGGUAAAAGCAGACGGCUAUCAGUAGUAAUGGAUACGACCCCUCAGACAAAGACAGGAGUUGUUUUUGAAUUGUCCACAGUUGCAAACCUUCAGUCUCCCUCAGCAGCUAGCCUGGCCACACUGCAGUCCUACAGGCCCCUUCUGAGUGACUACGGACCUCCUUCUCUGGGAUUUUCACAGGGCUCUACUGGCAGCCAAGUGCCUCAGAACAAAUAUGCAGAGCUGCUGGCCAUCAUCGAAGAGCUCGGAAAGGAGAUCAGACCCACAUACGCUGGAAGUAAGAGUGCAAUGGAGCGACUGAAAAGAGGAAUAAUCCAUGCCAGGGGGCUGGUGCGUGAAUGCUUGGCUGAGACUGAGAGGAAUGCAAGGUCCUAGCUAAAAACGCCCAUUCCUCCCUGCAAGAACUACCUUUCAUGAGGAGAAAAAAUAACUUGCAUGGCGUUUCCUUUGCAAGGAGGAAGUAAAUGAACAAAGGAUGGAACAGCAAGCUCCUUGAGGGAGAGAAAAAAAAAGAAAUACAGUAAUGCAAUUUGUGACUCCUGAGAGCUCUGGAGGAUAAUUUCAAUCAUGUGUGGGUUAUUGGAACUAAAAUGAGAGAUAUCAUGUGUUUUUUUUUUUUUUUUGUUUGUUUGUUUUUUUGUUUGUUUGUUUGUUUGUUUGUUUGUUUUUUUUAUGCCCCAUUUUUGGGAUCAUAGUUUUGACUUCAUAUUUAAAGCAUUGGUUUAUGCAUGCAAAUGGGCUCAUAGGUUAAUUGUAGACACUGCAUGGAGUAUACAGGUGUAGAUGGGGAGGACUUCUUUGAAUUUUUUUUAAACUUUGUUUUUUUUGGUAGUGGUUGGUCUGUUUUUCAGACACCUGUAACACCUAGCUAAGUAAGGGAGGGACAGAGACGUGCCAAAUGCAUCGGUUGAUUCGUGUUGAGGUUGGUUUUGGUAUUAAAGGGAGGGGAAAAAAGGAAAAUGCUGUUAACUUGCAUCUUUGUAUGUAUUUAUUACUCAGUGUAAUAAAUUGUAUUUUCAA